AUGGAUCCUUCUCAACCCCAACCACCACAACCCAGUCAUGAAGCCCGCUUUCACUACUCAAAACCUAACUAUGCUCAGCCUUCGCAAUACCAACAAUUUCCCCCACAUCCAUCAGUGAGAGUACCUCCAAAUGUCAAGCUGAGUGCCCGUCAAGUUCCUGCCGGCGUUGGUGUUGCGCCGCCUCCGAUCAGAUAUGACAGUCCUUCUCGCCAGCAGCAGCAGAGACCAACAGGGAACGGGAUGUUGGUCCAAAAUUUCAGAUUUCCCGUCGCCCCACCCAUACCUCCAUCUUCCUCGGGAAGAAUCAGACAGGAACCAUCCCAGUCGCCAGGUCGCAAGUACAAUAUGCAUCAAUCCUACGUGUCAUCAGUAGCGGAUGAAUACCCCACCCCCGGAACAACCCCCGGAUCGAGAUCAAGAGGCUUUCCAACUCCAACGUCGAAACGAUACUCCGGGUCUGUUUAUGCUGAAAGUGAAGCUCUCGGGCCGGAAGAGCGGUUUGAUCAAUACGCCCUUGAUCCGGAGGCAGACCGACCAGGCUCGGCCGAUCCAAUGCCACAAAUUGUGCGGCAAGCCAGCCUCGGGAAACGAGCAAAACCUGCCCUUACUACUAUCAAGAAUCGAGACAGCCAGAUCGAGCAGAAUAUCCCAGAAGAAUUUCCAGCUCCUCCCACUCAUAUGAAAAAGCAAGCAACCAUGGAUGCCCUCAGUGCAGCAGUGGCUGCAGGUAUGAGUAGCCAGUAUAUUGGGUCUCGUACAGGUACCCCUGUCUCGCGAAGUUACACUCCUGUUAGGAUGCCAUUUGACACGUCUCCUCCGUCCUCUCCCUCUGCCGAUAGAGAGUAUCUGCAGACCCCAAAAUCUCCAAACACAAUUGCCUCUGGAAUGAUGCUUGCUCAGACACCGGCAUCCGGACAUUCUCAGAAAUCCACGAAUAAUCUGCUUGGCUUGGGUAUCGAGCAGCCUGCCAUGAGUGACAAAAUCCCCGCCAGUCGACGGCCGCCCAGAUUGGAUAUGGAUGCAGUCAGGGAAGCCGAAAGUCGUGGCAGCACGACCAGCCUGGCAGACCUGAUCAGACGAGCAACAAAGCUUGCCGCCAAUCUCGACAGAGGCAAGACAGCAAGCCGCCUAGGCAUGUUGGACAUGUGGGGCAAUGGCGAAAAGAUGGGAGCGACAAAUCGCCAUUCUACCAUGUCCGAUAUGCUAUCGGCUUUUCCUGCCCCAGCUAUAGGUGGUACUCCGACAAAACGAGAUACUGCCUGGCCGCUCGGGGAAAAGGCUGACGGCUACGCCUCAACCACAGAUCUGUCCAAAAGCCACCACAGAAAACAACGGCGGAAAUGUUGCGGCCUGUCAUUACCGAUCUUUAUUCUCGUCCUUGUUGUCAUCAUCAUUCUCAUCGCCGCGGCUGUAUUAAUACCUAUAUUCCUAAUUCUUGUACCAAAGCAACACAAUUCUACCGACCUCAGUGACUGUGCUGCCAGUCAUCCUUGUCGAAAUGGAGGUACAAGCAUCGUGAGUAACGACGCUUGUGUCUGUGUCUGCUCCAACGGCUUUACGGGAAGCCAGUGUGAAACGUCUGGAAACACAGCCGAUUGUAUGACCAUUACGUUGAACGAUGGCGACAACGAGUACAAAAAUGCAACAAUGGGUCUGUCAAUCCUGCCAUCCCUUUCGGAUGCACAGACGCGGUUCGACAUCGCUCUCAAUAUCUCGACGAUAUUAUCUCUUUUCUCAUUCAACAAUCUGUCGUGUACAGGUGAAAAUUCUCUAGUUGACUUCAACUCUAGCGUCUCAAACCUGGGAACGAGGAGGACGAGACGGUUCAUUAUGUUACCUGGCUUUGAGCCAAGCCCACCUAAGAUCAUCAAGUCUCAUCUACCUCAAAUCACCGCGCGUGCAGAAGCAGAGUGCUCAGAGCCGACCCUCGAAAGGAGACAAGAUGGUGGAGACGCAGGGACUUCAACCUCGAAUGGGAUUGUUUUCCAGGCGAGCUCGCCAACCAUAGGGCCUGUCAGUCCAACAGGAUCUGUGGUAACUGGUGCUUCGACUGUUACAAGCGUGACUGCGACGACGGCCGCUGGCUCCGCCACCACAACAGCGUCACAAUCCCCAUCUGCUACUACAAGUGGCGUCUCUGGGCCUUCUGCAUCAGCCAUCAGCAGCGAAGAGCUCGACUUUGCUAAAGUCGUCGUUCUCUUCGUGCUGCAACAAUCUCAAACCAUGACUGGGGCUGUCAACGCCCAACAGCGCAUAGACUCGUUCUUUGCUCAACAGAUAAAAGGCAACGCCACGACUGACAAGGUGGACGUCGGAUCUGAGAGCUUAGUGCUUACCGCGGAUUUUGACAAGUUCACUAUCACCGAAGGGGACGGACAGGUUGUGGGUGGGCAGGAAGGUUCGGGAUCGCGAUGA